AUGAUGAGAGACAUGUGCCUGCUGAUGGGCGAUAAGCUGCAUCCUCAUGUCCAGCUGAUGAUCGAUUUGGGCAAAGCCAUGGCCGACGAACGCCUGCCCAAGGACUCCAGCAUCCAACCCCCCGAGCAGCGCGUGGACCGAUGCAUCCAGGCCUUGAAAGAGGCCGCGGGAGAAGAAGUCUUAGCAGAGGCUGCAGCCGUGGUGGCCAUGUUUUCUGCGAUGACCAUUGUCGUGGAUGCCACGGGUCAAACUUCCAAAGAGAUGGCGAAGAUCCAGCCAGCUGUGAGCCGCAUGUUGCGCUGGAAGAAGACCUUGGCUGCUUGUUGCCCCUGCAUCGGUUAG